GUCCGUCCUAGAAAAAGGUUAACCUAUUGUGAAUGAUGAACAGCGCUGUAUUUGUACUGCUGUUUUUAUGGGUUGUCUGAGUGACCGAAGGAAAAGGUUGAUUGAGCAGGUUUUGGAAUGGAAUUCCAGUAGACUUGAUCUAUUUGAACUUACAAUACCUGAUGAAAAAUGUGAAUUCAAUGGGGUCAUGCGGUUUUUUUUCCAGGAUGGCAAUCGGAGAUUUCAGACAAAAUGCAUUAGAGUAUCUAGUUCAUCCAAAACUUCUGAAGUUGCGGAAAUAUUGAAAGAAAAGUUUUGCAUCCAAGAACCGUCUCUCAUCGAUAAUCACUUCGGGAUUUACGAGCAUCACGCAAACGGAGUUAGAAGACUGACAAAUGAUGAAUAUCCUUUGUUAGUUCAACUCAAUUGGAGUAGAUUAGAUAGAGAUGGAAAGUUUGUCUUGAAACUGGAACCUAACGGUGGAUAUAUCCAGAAAAAUAUUCCAGAAGGUCAAAGUGAAACAAAAUUGUGUAAUUAUCGAAAUAAUGGUGCUGUUAGCGAAUCUAUGAGCAACCCUAAAACUCGUCUGUUUAAACGUGGUUGGUCUUUUCGACGUGAAAAGAUCAUUUCUUCUGUGACUGCGAAAACAAACGAAAGAUGUAGACCACCAUUAGGUUGUGCAGCAGGUGUAGGAUUAUCAAAAAGUCCUCGAUCUAAUGUCAUUCCCGAAAACUCACUGAAUUGUUUACCAGGAUUAACCAAACAUAAUGAUGGCGAUAAUAAUAUUCAUCAUCGGCAUCAUAAAAGCAAUGCAAUUUUACCCAACUCUGAUACUCUUCCCGACUCAUCAUUUACACGUACAAUAUCAGAUCCGGAAACAGCAAUGCAACGAAAACGUCAACGUACAUUAGAAGCUAAACUUAUGCAAAUGUUGCAUCAUGAUAAUCUUGAAAAAGGUGGAAUGUUAAAAAUUUACGGUGGUCAAUUAUUUCCUGAAAUACCUUAUAAAACAUUAUUAAUAUCAAUUACAGAUAAUGUUGCAUAUAUUAUCCGUGAAAGUUUAAAUAAAUAUGGUUUAGAUGAAGCAGAUCCAGAUGCAUAUUGUUUAGUGAUGCGUAAACGUAAUUCACAUGAUAUAUCGACUGGAUUAAUUGGUGUUGAAGAACUAUUGUCCGAUGAUACUUGUCCAUUAGAAUAUUUAUUGACUUCAUUUUCACCAACAAAAUCUACUGAUGAUGACACAGUGAUCACUUUUGAAUUACGUGCAAGACCACCUCAUUUGAUUAAGAAAAAGCCGUUUAUCGAUUUACCUGUCUCAUCAUCAUCAUCAUCAUCAUCCAGUCGAAUGGUGGAAUCGUCCAAUUAUUUGAUAUCGUCAUCAUCAUGUAAUCAUACAAAUCAAACAUUGCUGAAAGAUGACAUUGAUCCUGACAAAUUCAUGCACACAAUUUGUUUAAUUGAAUUGGACAUUGUUGACAAUGAACCGAAUCAAUCAUUGUUAUCAACAUCAUCGCCAUCGCCAGCAUAUUUAUCCGAUAUUCCACAAGAGAAAAUUUAUCCACUACCUAUUCAUAAAGGCGAAGUUUAUGUUGGUACUGCAACAGGUCCGGAUAAAUUGCAUCCUUCCAAUAUUGUUUCCUUGCCAAAAUUUAAGUGGCCAGAUGUUGAAGCUUAUCAUGUUAUGUUUUGGAGUCCAACAACUGUAACUAACACACACAGUAAUAAUAACAAAAAUAAUGAUAUAAAAUCUUCUAAAGGAUGGUUAGCUUGUCGUCCAUGUCUAUCGAAUAGCGCUACAUUGUCAUCUGCUAAAAUUCCUCAACAAUCUACACAUAAAAUUACGGAAGUUUAUUUAAAUAAUAAUCUUUUAACUAUACCAAACAAUGUUAAUUAUUAUGAAGCGAUAUUUUGGCUUAAACCUGGUGAUUUAUUACGUCUUGGCAAGAAAUCAUCGAAUCAAUUGAAAAUUUGGUCAAUAGUUAUGCCAAUCAAUAGACAACACAUCCCGAAUCCUCAUCAUCAUCAUCAUCAUCAACAACAACAUCAUCAGAUAAUCACAUCAAAUUUACAAUCUCCUAUUAUUAAUAAUAAUAAUAAUAAUAAACCUUAUGAUCAUCAUGUUCACCAUCAUCAUCAGCAGCAGCAGCAUCAACCGAUGAUGAAUCGCGAUCAGUUCACUCCUUCUCAGCAUAAAAUAAUCAAUUCACCGUAUAUCAAUACAUAUUCGUCUGAAUAUUUUAUUUCACAUGAUAGUUUAUUGUCUAAUGUUAACGUACAAAAUCAGAAUAGUUAUCUAGUCAAUAAACGAUGUCCUCCUAUGGCUAAUCCAAAUUCCAUAUGUGAUUCAUCAUCUUCUCUAUCAUGUACUUCAACAUCGGAAACCAUUUCGAACGAUUCAACUCGUUCAUCCUCGUCUUCUUCCGUGAAAAUUGUCAAUAAUCUCGAUUUAACUAUUCAACAACAAUAUAAUCAAAACAAUCUAGUGCAACUUCAUUCAGACAUGAAUUUCAAAAAUUUGAAGAAUAAUGAAACCGCGAAAAUUAUCACCACUGUACAUACUACUACUACUACUACUACUACUGCUACUGCUACUACUACUCCAUGUAUCCAUAAUGAACUACAUUCUAUCGAUAGUUGCCCUACUUAUUCUGUCAAUGAUAGCAGUCAUCAUACACGAUUAUUUAAUCAAGACAACAAUAAUAAUCAUAAUCAUUAUAAUAAUAAUAAUACUCUAUCAUCAACCAAUUGCAAACUAUCUACUACUCUCCUUAUUGAUUCAGAAUCAUCAUAUCGUACUACUAAUACAAUUUGUUCAGAACAAUUGCUCUCACCGAAUCAUUCAUUUUGUUCAACUCCAUCAAAAGCAGAUCCACCUAUGCAAAACAACAAGAAAGGUUCGACACGCACGAAAACUUCCAUUUCUGAUCGCUUACCUUGUCAGAUGGCAUUCGCUCCCGCAACUUUGGAACAAUUAUUAGAUUGGAUUAUCAUUAAACAGCUGAAAUUCGCACAUCAACCAAGAAAUCGUCAUACUACUACUACUACUAUUACUGAUACAACUACUACUUCUCUUGACAAUAAUAAUCAAUCCGAUAUAACCAUAGAUCUGUGUCCUUUAGGCCCAGCCAUGUGUGUUUAUUUAAUGCUACGAGCUAUAUGUCGACAGUGUGAUCGUUGGGAAGCGAUUGAAUUAAAACAGUUAACAAAAAACCCUGAACCUAAGGUAACUGACAUCAAUAUAACAGAGGAGAAAGACGAUCCGUUGAAAAAUAAUUCAUUAACAAACAAUGAUGAAUUAUUGGCUUUAAAUCAACUCAAACGAAGGCAACGACAUUUGUUCAGUCUUUUAAUAAGUACUGUGAAUAGAUUUCAGAAUUUCGAAUUAUAUGUAAAUGAAUCCAUCAAAGAAAUUGAUUUAAACUAUCCGAUUACAGAAAUGGAAUACAAUAAUUGUUCAACGAAUAUGAAAUCUCUAUCGCUAUCGAAUUAUGAUGAUAUAGACUGUAAAUUUAUUAAUUUGAUCAAAUCUGUCACAGCUUGGUUAGCGAAUACAAGUCAAUUACUGCAUCUAAUCACUUGUGAUAUUGAUUUCAAUAGGACUUUUAAGUCGUCUGUUGAUGAUCUGUGUGAAUCGAAUCCUCAUACAUUAGAUACUACUAAUAAUAAUAAUAAUACUACUAAAUCGUCGAAUACUACUACUACUACUACUACUACUUCAUGGAAUCAAUUGAAAGAACAAUUAGCUGAAAUUGUUCAAACUGCAUUUGUUUAUUUAGCUGAUCUUUGUGUACUUCGAUUAGAUUUAAUUGCAAUACCACAAUUAUUGUUGUAUUUAACUAAAUGUGUACAAAUUUUAUCAGAUAAUCAUAAUCGUAUGAAUGGCUGUGACAUAUUAUCCAAAGAUACAUGUGACUUGUCAUCGCCUAAUCAACAGCAACAACAACAACAACAACUGGAUUCUACUAGUGAUAAUACUGUUCAAAUGAAUAAAACACCGAUUACUGCGAGUGAUCAUUGUUUUGAAAAGCAACAACAAUAUACGGAAAUGUUCAAUAGUAAAGAUAAUGUGACAUUGAAAAUACUCAGUGAAAUAUUACAUUGUCUUCAUGCAUCUUAUGUGAAUCCAGCUUUCAUUGUUCAAUUAUUUGCACAUUUAUUACAUCGUUUAAAUGCACGAUUAUUCAACUUUAUCAUUGGUUAUGAUUAUGAAACGAAACAAUCAAUUAAAAAUGCCACUCAUAUUUCACCUAACUGGGGUAAAUGUUUACAUGAUUGGAUUCAUUUAUGCUUAAAUGAUUGGGCUAGUACACAUGGAUUAAGUUUAGCUAUGGAAUGUUAUUUACAAAGAAUAAUUCAGGCUGCUGAUCUAAUGCUAUGUGAUAUGAAAUCAGUUGAAAGUUUGUAUAAUCUAACUGUGGAUCUAGUCAGUUUGAAUUCACGUCAAGUUCAAAUUAUCUUGGAAAAUUACCAGUUAAUGAAUACAGAUAAUAAAAUCACGGAAUCGACUCACAAUAAUCAAUCGCCUGACAUGACAACAUCAGCAAAAUGUAAUUUACAACAACAAAUUCCCGAAGCUUGGAUUGAAUUUGUUGUUUCAGGUGUAAAAAUGGUUGCAGAUCGUAUUCUAACUGAGGAGAAUGCAUGCCCUCUAACAACAACAACAACAAUGAAUGAUGACGAUGAAGAAUUCAAUGAAACACCAGAAAACACUACCAAAUCAUCGUUGUCAUCAUCAUCAAAACAAUUGGAACUUGGUGAAUCAUUGGAUCUUCAUCUGCCAUUUUUAUUACCUGAAGAUUGUUAUCCAUCGGAUAAUCCUGUACCGAUUAACCAUAAUAGUAAUAACAAUACUGAUAGUAAUAAUAAUAAUAAUCAUAACGAAUCAAUGAUCAGUUAUGAAGAAGACAGUGGUAUUUAUAGUCAAAGUAAUUCGAUCAAUUUAAAACAUUCAUCAUUAUCAUCAUCAUCUAAUGACCAAUUGAAUACAUCCAUUAUCACAAUUGAUUCAAUGAAACAAUUUUUAAAUCCUGCUAUUCAAUAUGGUUGGUGUCGUUUAUCAAUACGAUCUAGUAAUUAUGCCAUUGACAAUGCAAUAAUAUUAAAUAAAAAAUUGACUUCCAAUCAAAAUUUACAACAAUCAUCCUUACAAUGGAAUGUUUAUUUAUUAAUGAAUACAAAAUUAUCUGUUAAUUCUUAUUCUGAUAAUGAUAAUAAUAAUAAUAAUGUGGAUGAUGUUGAUGUUAACAAAGUUAAUGAACAUUUAACAAUAGUUUCAAAGAAGUCCAAUGUUGAAGAAGAAGAAGAAAAAGAUAUCAAGGGUGAAAUGAAAAAAUCGGCUGAAAAUGUUACAUCCUACUCAACUACCACUAAUAACAACAAUAAUAAUAAUGCAUCAGUUAAAACUCAUUCCCUGCAAUCAUUACCAUUUAAUCGAUCAUGCAGUCGACAUUGUACUUAUUCAGUUGUUGUACCUAAAAUUGGUUCAAGUUUAGGUCUUAGUAUUGUUGCUGCUAGAUCAGAAUAUGGUGAAGAUCUUGGCAUAUAUGUACGUGGAAUUAAUCCAGGAAGUGGUGCUAGUCAAGCAAAACUAAUACAAUUCAAUAAUAAUAAUAAUAAUAAUAAUAAUAAUAAUAAUAAUAAUAAUAGUGCUAAUGAAAUGAAUUCAUUACAAACAAAUGAUAAUUGUUUGCUUAUUCCACCAUAUUUACAAAUUGGUGAUAGAAUUAUUUCAGUGAAUGAUCAAUUAAUUACUGGAUUAUCACAAGAUGCUGCAAUACAGUUAAUUUCAUCUGCUACACAUGAAGUGAUAUUCACUGUGAUACGUUAUGCUAAACAAGAUAUGAAGGAGAUGAAGGCGACAAAGGAGAAGAAUAAAGAGGAUACAUCCUUAACAACAACAUCAUCAUUGAGACAGCUAUUAACACAGUUAACUACUUCCACAGUUGAUUUGAACAAUAAAGAAUUCAAUGUCCAAUGUAUUGAUUGUCUUUUACAUGAAUCUUUGUUAUCGAAUUAUCAAGAUUUUAUAAAAGCUGAUGAUCAUAAUGAUGAUGUCGAACAACAGUUCAAUGUCUCUAAUGAGAAAUCAACGCAAAAACCACUCACACAAUCAAUAAACAAUGGGAAUUCAAGUGUUUCACGCUUAAAACACUUCCAAUUACCAACAACAUCAUAUCAUACUGGUGCUACUUCGCCUUCUUCGUCUUUUUCUUCGCAUAUUCCUUCCGAUGUUCAUAUUGAUAUGAAAUUAACCAUUGACACAAAUGAUGUGAAUAAUCAAUCCAACAUGAGACAUUCAGAUUUAAACAAAACAUGGAAUUAUCCAAGUAAUACCAUUUGUCGAAUUAAUAAUAUUCAUGAUAAAAAUUCAGUUGGUUUAACUAAUCUACCAAAUACUUAUAAUUCAUUGUAUAGAAAUCGUUCAGCAUCGACAAAUGAACGACAAUUUCGAUUGUACAUUGAUGCAACAUCAACUUAUAAUAGUAACAAUAAUAUUUAUGACGAACCAUCGAUAUCGGAUUAUAGUUUAUGCAAUGAAAGUUUUCUAUCAACAUCUGGUAUAGAGAAAUUAUCUUCACUUCAUACUACUAACACCACUACUCAUCAACGUCAUCAUCAUCAUCAUUAUCAGAACAAUAAUGAAUUUGAACAAACUACUUUUCCGAUAACACCAUGUCAUCGACCUAAAGGUCAAUCAAUCAGUUUCGAUGAUCGUCUCACUACACCUCGAUUUACUCAACUUCAUGAGGCUACGGCAACUAGCCCAAGAAUGUCCAAGGAUAAUCAAUCAAUUCAUCAUAAAGAAUCAAUCUCUUCCAGACUAUUGAUUAAUUCCAGCUCAGCUUAUUCUCCGUCAACUAUGUUAUCUGUUCAAUCGUUAGAGAAUCAAUCGUUUAUGAGUACAACAAAUCCUUCUGUUACGAAUGAAUUAACUUCCACUUCAUAUCGAUCAUCAUCAUCAUCAUCAACGCAUCAUAGAUCAGAUUUCGUGAAUUAUUCAGAGAAUAAUAAUGAUAAAAAUAAAAAUCAUCAAGUUCAUCAGUCAACACUGGAUACACGAUUGAAUCAAAACACUUCUAAUUGUAGAUCAUCUUCAGUCAGUCCUUAUUACCAUUCCAAUCAAUAUUCACAUCGUCAUAAUAUCUCGACAGUUUCUUCUUCAUCACCGAGUAUUUCUUCAACGCCCACUCUACAAUCUCCUAUUCCAUCAGUUCCUAGCAGUGGAAGUAAACCGCCGAAAAUAUUUGUUCCAACAGUAAGUGUAUUACCAUCAACUAGUCAUCAUGAUCCAUUACAAGGACGACUUGCAAUAACCAAAGCUAAAACUUCCAAAGGGUUUUCAAAUCCACAUCAUACAAAUUCACGGCCUUCGCGAUCCAUGAAUGAUUUGAUCACCAAAUCAUCUUCAGAUAUUCAUCAGUCAAAAACAAAUGAUGUGACUUCUUCAAAUACUGUGAAUAAACAACCAGGAUAUUGUAUUCGUCGAAGAUAUACAACAUACACUACAAAUCGUUUCAAUGUUGGUCCAAGACCGGAACCUUUAAACAGGCCACUUGUUCGACAAAAUCAAUCCAACUGAAUAUAUAUACACAGAUUCAUUCAUUCAUUGUACAUUUAAAAAAAACAGCGAACAGAGUAUCGUUGCAUUGCAUUUUAGUCAUUUUUCUAAUUCUCUUUUUCACCACAAACACUGUUCAACUUAAGAUAAUCACAUUCUUUAUUACUACUACUUCGUUUAUUGAUAAAAUAUACCGCUUAUGAUGUGUGUUUUUUUGUGUGUGUUUCACUGAAUGACAUGGUUUCUUUUUCCCAAACCCCCCAUUCCCAACCGCCGCCAUUGCUCUAUUUUUUUUCGGUUGCACAAUUUUUUCCCUCCUCCGCCGACUGAUCUAUAAUUUUCACAAAUAUAUACUUGAUUUUUCCUAUUAUCAACUCAAUUUUAUUUUAUCUCAUUGUAAAAUGUUAAAAGAAAAAAUCAUGGUUUGUUCGUUCGCUUUAUUUCUCUCUCUUCUAAAAUUAUGUGUUGGUCAUUGUGCGUUUCUUUUUUUGACUAAAGUUGGAUUUUGUUUUUCACUGCUUUCCUGAGAGAAUAUUCCCUUCAUCAUUUAACCAAGUGGUGUGCAAAAUUGUUGCUUCAUUCAUUUGAAUUUAUAUUACUCCUAGGAGGAUUGUUAUUAAUUGUACAUAACGAAU